UUUCAGGUGUGGGGUUGUGCAAAUCUACUAGGCCUGGUAAAAUCAGCCGAAGAUCAGUACCUGUUCGGUUUGUCGGCUGUUGGAGACGGCGCUAGUUACUAGUCUACAGUUUGGAGAAAACCGAGACCCACACCGUGGACGCCGUGACGGGAUAACGACGCACAAAAACGUCACCCGAGGCAACAUGAAGCGCUCUAGCUCGGUCCCCGAGAUGACCCUCGGCCCUUCCUCCUCAUCCUCCUCCUCUUCUACCACCGUGGGCUUUUCUCCAGGCGCGGCGAGCCUCAAAUCUCGGCGAGGCAUUUCGAGCAGUCAGAUUUCCUUGCCUGGUGAUCUUGCCAGACCUUCUCCACUCUCCUCUUGUACCAUGGACACUUCCACUGCCUGGAGAGCUCCGCCAUUUUCUCCAAUCCCUAUGAGCAGACUCAACUCUCCAACCUCGAGACCACAUCGAGUGGAGCAACUGAAGAAGGAGGAAUGUAUUGAUGAGAGACAGUCAGAAAAAGAGGUGAUGGACAUCAACAACCUGAACCAGUCCUACGAAGAACUCACAGUGGAUCCGGUGGACCAGAUGGACCUGUGGCCUGCUAGAUCCUCUCCCUCUCACCAACCAUCUUUCCUCUCUCCCUCCUCUCCCCUGGCCAAGCUGGGGAACUCCGCUCGCAGUCGCAGCCUCACUCCAACUAGUCCUCUACCCAACAGAACAUACUGUCGUAGGAGCUGCAGUCCAGUUCUGAGACCAAGUCAGCUGUGGACAGGGCAGAAGAGAAAGAGAGAAGACACCUAUCUUGACGUUGAAAUGGACACAUCUCCCACUCACUGUCCGGCCAAGAGGUUCCAGCCAACUGCAGCUCACCGGGCCCACUCUCCCACUGUGUCCCCUACACUCACUCCUAACACUGGUAAUUCUCCACUUCACCAUUCAUCUCGCAAGUCUUCCAGUCAAUCAGAGUCAACUCCCCUCUCGUCUCCCUCCAGUCUCCACCCACCUGCCUCCCUCUCCGCAAACCCUUUCGCUGCCAACUACGACAGCGGACACUCGGAGCACUGGACCAGCAGUGGGAGUGGCUCCAGUAGCGGAGGUCAGAGUCCACUCCUUGUCAGUAGCGGAGGGGGGAGAGAGAAUGGCAGAAAUGCUGACGAGGUUCGCCGACACGCCCUCUUCUCCGGGGCAACGGAAAUGAAGAACAAUCUUCAUAUUGAGACUACGGGUCUUCCUGAUCAAAACCCCGAUGCUCCUUCCCCACUCUCGCCAAAAGGUCUCCAGUUCCGAUAUCGCCCGUUCCUUCCUUCCGCCUCUCUUCAGUCACCCAUACCUCGCCUUGCCAACUCCCUCGUCAGCGGAGCCACGCCCUCUUCCUCGCGACCCCUGCGACCUCCGUCAUCGUCUCUCCUCCUUCUUCACGACAAAUACCUCUCCCCGUUUAACUCUGACCCCUUGGGGCCGUACGGACACGCCCACACACACCCUCACUCAACGACGCACAGACAGCUGUCUCGACUGCGGGCAAGUCUUGGAGUCCCUCCGUCUCUCCCGAGACUGCAGACAAAACCAGAGACCGAGACUCCGACCAAAUCUUCCUUGAACCGUCUCUCGGUUCAUCCGCCGCUCUCGAAACUGUCUGUCCGUACGAGUUUCGACGAGCAUUCAGUGGUGGUUGUGGGUGUGAGGGAGGGAGGGAGGGUGGAGCUGGGGAAGAAGAGGAGAAACAGUGACGCCUCCAUCGACCGAGAGGAGAGUGUCAUGGAAAGUGAUUCGAGUCUCGCCGAGAGCUGCGACGAAGGUAUAGAUAUGACGACUGCUGCUAAACAAACUUGA